AUGCAAGGUGCCACUUAUAUAGCUAAUGGAGCCUCUUUUUACGCCACUAACGAAGAUGCGCGUUUGCCAGCUGGAACUAAUGUGCUACCAGGUACUGGUUCAAUCGUGUCAGCUUUUAGAGUUGCUUCAGGAAAAGAGCCUAUCGUAUUUGGGAAACCGCAUAAGCCAAUGUUCGAUCUGCUCUGUAAAUAUUGUGAUUUGAACUUGUCAAAAACCAUUAUGGUUGGAGAUAACUUAUUUACAGAUAUUGCAUUUGGUAAUAAAUUUGGUUUGCAUACAGCCUGUGUACUAACUGGUGUCACUAAUCAAGAAUUAAUUGAUAAGGUAAACAAUACACCAGGAGAUGAAUUAUUUCGACCAGAAUUUGUUUUUCAAUCUGUUGCAGACAUUUUAAACAUUUUAAAGGAAUAA